CGUGCCAUAGGAAUGUUUGCUAAAAUGACACUGCAAGGACUUUAAACAUUAGGGGGAGUGACAAUAACCAAGGAUCACUGACCCACUCGUUAGCCGUAUCACUUCUUUACAUAGCGAGAGACCAAGUGCUGAGCCUGCAGAUCUUCUUUCUGUGGGUUGCAUUUAUGUUACUCAGAACAUAUAACCCAAUAAAGGAUCUGCCAGUAGCUGCAAAGAGCUAACUCGGCCUUACUGGAUGAAGAGAUACUAGUGCCUUCAGAAAACACUGUUUUACUCCACUAAGAAGAGGUUGCCUGACUUUCCAUUUCAAGUUCUUCUUGGAGAUACAGGUCUUCUGACUGCAUGAAACAUGCGAUUCAUUCCCAUAUUUGUGGUUUCCUUGUGGCUGGUACCAUGUUUAAGCAAAUUCUUGAACCCUGCUGAGUUUGAUUUGUCUACUGGGCAGAUGGAGUCACCUAAUAAUGAAUUACCUAUUAACAAUUUCUCCUGGGCAAGAGGGAAUGUACCCUGUUCCCAGCUCCUGAAAGAAUGCUUGGGGUUCAUUCAGCUUUUACCAAGUCGUGCAGAGCAGUUUGUACGACCAGCAGUGGCACUGGGCUUAAUGCAAGUAGGAUGCAUCGCACAGCAUGACCCUUUCCUUGCAGAGCUCAUUAUGGGGGAAAAUGCCACAAGGUUGUUCCAGUUGUUGCUUGAACAGUGGCAGACUCAUGCCAGCAGGAAUUAUUCUUAUGGCCACCCAUGGAAGAAGAAUACACUGGGCACUGAAUAUUUAAAGUUCAACUUGGACUCACUAGCUCCAUCUUCAUUAUCUAGACAACCUCGGAAAUGCUCUGGUUUUUGGAAGGGGAAAGAAAAUGUUGCGUUGAUUGGUGUGGAUUUAAAGCUAUACCACUCACUGUAUGAUGCAAAACUGCACUGUUACUUUGUGGGGGAUUCUUGUGCUGGUGUUACUUUAGAUGCCUUUGGGAAAUAUCACACUGUGGCAAGAACUAGCGGGCACAUAAUACCUCAGGUGGGAGCAAGUUUAUGGUUACAUAGAUGUGCUGGUGCCCACGUAAGGCGUCGUUCAGUCAAUUUCGAGUGCAAGGAUGAGAGGGAAGACAAUAUUCAUAAUAUAAUGCAAUGGGUUCCCCUGAUAAGUGGCUGGUACAAUGCAGGGUCAGCGAUGUAUUAUGCCACAAAAGGCUGCAGCGAGCUGGCUGAGGAACGUGCAAUAGAAGCCACAGUUGAUUUAGGUUAUGAUACUCUACUUUCUGCCACUGGGGGUGCAUCUAGUGUUAUUGGCUUAGGCGCAGGAGUUGCUAUAAAACCAGCAUUAAAAUCCAGUGUGCAUUCAGCAAUAGCCUAUUUCAAACAAUAUCCACAGACAGCUGAGCAUUAACAGUAAAUUGUAAAGAUCCUCUGAUGUCCCGCAGACUCCGAGAUUCAGAAUGUACAGUGCUUGUGUUUCAUGUGUAUUUCAGGACUAUUUUUAGGGCUCUUAUUCACAUGCAUUUUGCCCUGUGUUCACCUGUAAUGAAACUCUCUCCUGUGUUCUGUUGCAGGGCGAAACACAGUCAGUUCUUCUUAAGACCAUUGUAAUGGAAGCCUAUUCUUCUUAAAGGAGAACUAAAGCGUAACGAAAGCAGUAGGGUAGAAAUAUAGAAUAUAAGUGUCACAAUAUAAGGAUAAGUAAAUAAUACAGAUUAUUAGCGCACUGUGUUGGAGAUGCUCACUUAUGAUGGGUUCUGUAUAAAGACAACCCUAGGCAGGUGAGGUAGGAGAUACAAAUAUAUAAAUAUGCCAUAUAUGUAAACUAUAAAAUCUAAGUUCAAUGUGCCAUUUUAGAAAACCACAAGGUGAUAAAAGUGAUACCUUUAUUGGCGAACUAAUAUAACCAUAACAAGCUUUCAGACCAUUUUGUAAUCAGCUUGAAAAGGUAAAUAAAAUGUUCUGAAAGCUUGCUAUAGUUAUCUUAGUUAACAAAGGUAUCACCUAUACACCACUUUUGUUAUUUUUUAUUUCAAAGAGGCUGCCCAUUAACAUAGCUACCUUGCACACAUAGAGCAUGUGCAGUGUCACUGAUACUUCUAAUAGAAUCCAAGAUGGGGUUUCUCCUGUGACAAGUUUAAAGGCCUGGAUCAUUAUUUUUUUUUUAGAGAUGCUGAACCUUUAGGUGAAGACACACGGAGCUACUUUUCACAGCUACAAUACACCAGAAAAUAUCCUGUCAUAGAUAAUACAGAGAAUUGACCUUGCAAAAACGUGUAGUGACAAUUAUUAGUAAAUUAUCAGAUGGGAUCUGCUUAAGCCCCAUAGAACCCCUGUUGGAUAAGUAUCCUGGGCAUUCUUGAUGUGUCAGGGAACUCUAUAGUUCAGUAUUUCUGUCCUAAUAUUACACACAUUUUUGUGACAUGAUGUGAUGUGUAGAGCUGCAGAUUUGACUCAUAUGCAUUGAUAUUCACUGGAUGCUGUAAGUAGCCUGUAUUGAGCAGGGGAUUUUUGUUUUAAUAAAUUUUAUAACACUAUUGGCAACUUA